AUGAAUUAGAGCAAAGAUGAUCAAUUGCUUGAAUUUUCUAACCAACUCUAUUACUUCAUUCCUUCUUAAUAAAAUUAUUAUUUGAUUGACAUUAACAAUCUGGAAUCAUUUUAAGAUCAAUAAACUUACACUUGCGGAAACCCUCUUUCUAUGUUGACUAGUUAAGGAUUAAAAACAAACUAUUUCUAAUCAAAUAAUUUGUAUGUUAGAAUAGCUACUAAAUAGGACGACCUCACCCUAAAUCCUCUUACAAUAACUUAAUAAAAUCCAUAAAAAUCAAUUAACACUUCCUACUCUGAUAUCAUGAACUUAGAUCCAUAAACAAGGCUAGUUGCUAUGUGUUGGGUUAUCACAGGCUAAUCUGUAUGGUGGUUUUACUAAACAGAUAAACUGCCUUAUAUUCAAAGCACUAUUCCUUGUUAAAAUUAACCAUAAAACCAGCCUAUUGUGUUUUAAAAUUAUUUCAUUGUUGAUCAAAGUAUUUAUAGUCUAUCUAAAAGUUCUUAAUCUAUUAGUUAUAAAUUUAAAAGUAAGCUUCCUAAAUAAUAUUUACCUAGUCAUGCUUUCAACUAUAGUUAAAGAUUUUACAAAGAAAAAAGAACUUAAAUUGUAAUAGAAUAAAAUAAUAAUGAGAAUAUCUAUUUAUUUAUGUCAAUGGAUUAUCUGGUGUGUUAACAAAAUAAUAGUUAUGUGAAUUAAUAAGGAGAAUGCUAAACAUGUAACUAAAACUAAAUAUUUUCUAAUAACUAAUGCAGCUCUUGCCCUUAAGGGACUUUUUAUUAGAACUAAUAAUGCUCUCCUUGUUCUUCUAAUUGCACUUAAUGUGAUAAUUUUACUAAAUGUAAUACUUGUGCUUCAGGAUAUUACUUAUCGAAUUCUAAUUUAUGUGUUUUAUGUCCUAAUAACUCAAGCUGGAAUAAUUCAAGCUGCGAUUGCAACAAUAAUUAUUUCAAAUAAAUAAUUAAUUCAACAACUUUAGAAUUUUAAUGUGUUAAAUGUUCUGAUCCAUGUAAAGAAUGCACAAGUUCUACUAUCUGCACAGCUUGUUAUAGUUAGUAUUAUUUGAAUGGAAAUACUUGCACCAAUUGCCAAUCUCCUUGCCUAACUUGUACAAGUGCAAGUGAAUGCUAAACUUGCUAAGAUGGUUAUUAUAUUUCUGGCUCAUAAUGUAUGAGAUGUGUGAGCCCAUGUCUAAAAUGUUCCUCAAGUUCAAGUUGCAGUUCAUGCUCAUUUGGAUAUUUUUUAUCUGGAACUACUUGUCAAUAGUGUGACAGUAUUUGCACUUCAUAAUUUUGUUCUACAUGUAAUGAAAAUUUAAUUUGCCCAUCUUGCUUCGAUGGUUACUUCUUAGAUAAAAAUUCAUGUUAAAAAUGUUUAUAAAAUUGUGCAUAAUGUAAUGAUUCUUAAACUUGCACUCAGUGCUUGAAAGGCUAUAAUCUUUACGAUAACUUGUGUCUGACAAGUGAAUAAUGUCCGAGUGGUUGCAAAUUAUGCUAGGAUAAUUUCUCUUGUUAAACUUGUUUAGAUGGUUAUGUCAAAUAAAAUCAAUAAUGUAUAAAAUGCUCUGUUGAAAAUUGCAGCUUUUGUGAUUAAUAGCAACGUUGUUUCUAAUGCAAAAGUGGAUAUAAGUUACUUAACAAUUCAUAGAUUUGUGUUAAAGAUUGUGGAGUUGGACAUUAUUUAUCAGAUAAUAAUGAAUGUUUGGCGUGUGAUUAAACUUGUUUCACUUGCAAAGGUCCAACAGACACAGAUUGCAUUAUUUGUAAAACUCGUUAAAAGCAAGAUAUCAUUUGA